AUUCAUCUCCAGCUCCGCCUCGUGCUUCUCGGAUUCUGCCGGAAUUUUCCUUCAGUCAGCUGUCAGUCGGAGCUCAGAUUCGCAGGGUUUUCGAGCUGUUUUUUUGUACAAACCGAAUUAAUUUAGUUAAUUCGAGUCUCUGAAGAACUGUUAGAUUAUUUUGUGAUUUAUUUAUUGUUUUUAUCGGGUGUAAGUGAGUAGAAGCUGGACGCUAGCCGGCUUUGGGCGGGCUGAGCUGGGGGCUGAAGCUGGGCGGGAUAGGUAACGUUAACUAACACUAGCUAGAUAGAUAGUUAGCUUAGCGUAGCUAACACGGUUGUUUCGAGUUAAAUUUAUUUGAGUUAACGUAUAUUUGUAUUAUUUUGUUGUCGGUUAUUGCGGUUAAGACGUAGAGGAAACGAUGGGGAUGCAUUUAUGUGAACAACUAAUCCGAAUUAAAUAAUAAUAACAGAAAUAAUAGUGAUAAAUGGUGAGAAAACCGGUAUUUUAAAUAUUUGAAGCUAAGCUAACCGGCAAGCUAGCUAGCUAAAACGCCGGUUAACGUUACCCAAUGCUGUCUUGCUGUUAAUUAGUUCGUUUCGUUAGACAUAACAAAUACAUAACUACAUAUUUAAUGUAGGUUUAUUCAUAUUCAAAGGUGAAUUUUAUCGUUUUAUAUUGUUAUAGCUCUGAGCUGAUUUAAUACGCGUUUUAAUCGCCUCAGCGCUGGAGUGAGUGAGACCCGCGGGAUGCACCGGGAGGACUCGCUGGUCUCGCCUUUGCUGAGCGGGGUUUUCUGCCAGUGCCGGUCGGAGGAGUAUCACGGCUCUGACCCGGGUGGUGGUGGAGGAGGGACAGGAGGAGGCUUUGGUGGCGGUAGCUUUACCGGCGCAGCUGGUGGUCGGUUCCCAGCUGCCACGUCCAUGCCCUUCUCAUCAGUGAUGCCCAGCGGGAUGCUGCCGGACGCCUCGGACCAGAGCUGCUCGGUGUGCGGCGGACCCGAGCAGGAGCACCGCCUAAAGGUGCUCUUCCAGAUACUGGAUGUGAACAGAGACGGAGGGAUCUGUGUGAACGACCUGACCAUCGGCCUCAAGAAACUCGGGGUCCAUCGCACCGAGCAUGAGCUCAUGAAAAUCGUGAAAGCUGGAGAUAAGGACCUGGAUGGCCAGCUGGACUUCGAGGAGUUUGUGCACUACCUGAGGGACCAUGAGAAGAAGCUGCGGCUGGUCUUCAAAAGUUUAGACAAGAAGAAUGAUGGGUGCAUCGACUCACAGGAGAUAAUGCAGUCGCUGAGAGACCUGGGUGUGCACAUCUCGGAGCAGCAGGCUGAGAAAAUUCUCAAGAGAAUUAGGAGGGGUCAUAUCUUGGCCCCUAUAAUGUACAUGGACAAGAACGGGACGAUGACCAUCGACUGGAACGAAUGGAGGGACUACCACCUGCUUCACCCAGCUGACAACAUCCCUGAAAUCAUCCUCUACUGGAAGCAUUCAACGAUAUUUGAUGUGGGGGAGAGUUUGAUGGUGCCUGAUGAGUUCACAGCAGAGGAGAAGAAGACCGGCAUGUGGUGGCGUCAUUUAGUGGCAGGAGGUGGGGCAGGCGCUGUGUCCCGCACCUGUACCGCCCCGCUGGAUCGACUGAAGGUGCUCAUGCAGGUCCAUGCCUCUCGUAGCAACACCAUGUGCAUUGCAGGUGGUUUCUCUCAGAUGAUCCGCGAGGGAGGAAUCCGGUCGCUAUGGCGAGGAAAUGGCAUGAACGUAUUGAAGAUUGCACCUGAGUCUGCCAUAAAGUUCAUGGCAUACGAGCAGAUAAAGCGACUCAUAGGCAGCAAUCAGGAAACCCUGGGCAUUCUGGAGAGGCUGGUUGCAGGAUCUCUGGCUGGCGCUAUUGCACAGAGCAGCAUCUAUCCCAUGGAGGUCCUGAAGACUCGACUUGCCCUGGGAAGGACGGGUCAGUACUCCGGAAUUGCGGACUGUGCCAAGUACAUAUUUCGUAAAGAGGGUGUGGCUGCGUUCUACAAGGGCUACAUCCCCAACAUGCUUGGCAUCAUCCCUUAUGCUGGCAUAGACUUGGCAGUGUAUGAGACUCUAAAGAACUCGUGGCUUCAGAGGUAUGCCACAGACAGUGCAGAUCCAGGAGUGUUUGUAUUGCUAGCCUGUGGCACCAUGUCCAGCACCUGUGGUCAGUUAGCCAGCUACCCCUUGGCUUUGGUUAGGACUCGCAUGCAAGCUCAAGCAGCUACCAUGGAGGGAGGGCCCCAGAUGUCCAUGAGCGGCCUGUUCAGACACAUUGUGCGGACAGAGGGUGCCACGGGACUCUACCGAGGUCUGGCUCCCAACUUCAUGAAGGUUAUUCCUGCGGUCAGCAUCAGCUACGUAGUGUAUGAGAAUUUAAAGGUCACCCUUGGGGUUCAGUCCCGGUGAGAGCAUCAGAGAAACUCUCUUUCCUUUGUUUUUUUUUUUUUUGUUUGUUUUUUUUUUCCUUUUGAAUUUUCAUCGGGAUGUGAAAGAGAGGCCACAACAUAAGAUCUGAAAGAAAUGAGAAAUUUUUUGGAGUCCACUCUGUCAUUCUGUGAAUGUCGGAAGGAAGAAGGCGGGAUGGAGCAGAGAACAGAGAAGACUGUUGCCUCUCUUUCAGGUGGACUAUCCAAUUCGAAUGGUCAUGACUGGUACUCUGGAGUGGGAUGUCUCACUCAAAAGGUUUUAGGCCUGAUUAUCAAACUGGAGUCAUCUUUCAUUCACGAGGGACCAAGAAUGUGCACGUCCGUUUGCCACAGCCACACUGCUCGUGGUGUCUUAAGUUAAGGAGAUGAAGGGAGUUUGCACGAUACUGAUGCUCAUAGUUUUGAGAAGCUGCUCAUAAGGUCACUGUCCUGUAGUUCCACUAGGAGGCAGUGUUUGAUUAACAUGCGCCUAAGCCUGACUUGGUGAAUCCUACCCUGCCUUGAGUUUUUCUUUUGUGUCAAGAUGUUUAUUUAAGCACUACCUUUUUUAUAUCAUUUUUGUUUAUAAUUUAUUAACCUAAGAAAUUAUUUGUUAAAAAAAAAAAAAAAGCAACAACAUAAUGCAUGAGCCUAGAAGCGCCGCUGCAGAGACUUUUAAUGCUUUUAAAUACAUGUUCAGAAUAUGUUCUUUGUAGUUGAAUUGUCUACAUGUUACCUUUAGGACCUCCAAAUCAUUUAAUACACAUUUGUUUCUGUUUAUUUAUUUUAUUGUUAUAUGUAUAGAAAUAAUUCUUACUAGUGUAAACAGCAGAUACAAAAAUAACUGAUGGCAAGUUGCUACGAAGUCUGUCUUAAUGUUUUCACAUUACAAAGGAUUCAUAUUGCACUCACCAUCAUUAGCAGCUGACAGUGUUUACCAUCUGGAUUAACUAUUUUAUUGGUUCCUGAUUAAAAUAACAAUACAAAAUCUCAAUAACUUGGUUUACAUCUGGUCACUUUAUACAUCUGGAGUAUCAGGAUUAUGUCUGGAUAUAGGAAAACCAAGCCACAUAAAAAUAUAUGCAAGUGUGAACGAACCCAAAACACAUUUAAAACAUAAAAAUCCCAAACUUAAACCACUUCAGGAGGUGAUCUUGGAUGCAUUUGAAUCUCUUGCUAAAGCAAUUUAAACACAUGCUUCUCCAAUUAGCAAUCAGAUUAUUUCAGUCUAACUAACUCAAGACUCAUUUGACUACAAAGUUUAAAUGCCUGUCUUUAAAAUCUAGAUACUGAUCACAUGAAGUGUCCAGGUGUAAAAAGGGUCAGAGUGAAUCAGUUCUUUAUGUCUUAGUUCAGAUUCAGUGUAAAAAGUUUCUCUACUGGUUUUCCGGAAGUUCUUGGACUAAAUGCUGUAUUUCACCGUUCGUGGUGAAACAUGUUGCACACUUUAGGAAGGAGGUUGAAGCAGAUCAAUGCAGCUGUUGUCUCAGACUGCUGCUCUGCACCUUGCUGUUAAAUGAAUCCUUGUCUUUAAAAGUAAUCUCCCAGUAUUAGUGCGCAAGCCUUAGUGUCCUGCGUUCUUGUGCUUCACAAACACCAAGAAGUAAAAGGAAAAUAAGCGCUCAGGAACCUCACGCUAAUCUAUAUAUCUAAAAUACAGACUUGAAUAUUUUGUGUUGGACUGACUGACACCAGAAUGCGCGUUAGAAAUGUAUUGUUUGUCUUUUUAAACCAUGUUAUUUAGAGUGAAAAUGUGAUGUGCAUGGGUGCGAUGUUUGUUUCAUGUUGUAGCUGAAAGGGGAAUGCGCUGUGGGGAAGAAUGGGUGUUCUGUGGGUGUUGAGUGUUAUGACUGGGGCAGAGUUUUGGUGCAAAGUUCACUAGCUACAGUUGUAGUUAGUAAAAAAGGCCAUCAUUCAUUUACAUUUACAGGGACAGUACUGCAUAUUAAUCCACAUUUCUGUUUAUGUGCCAGAUUAGCAAGAUAGGCUAAUUUUCAACUGUUGUGUGUGGGUUGAUUUUCAGUCUGAGAACAUGCUGAGUUUUUAAACAUGCUCUAACUAGAACUUUAUGGCAUAAAAAAAAAGUUUUUAUGUACACCAUAGAAACCUCACUAGAUUGUAACUUCUGGGAAGCUUCCACAGACAGGGAUUAAGCCUAGUCUUGGAUGUAAAUACUCUGAUCAGCCAUAACAUUAAUACCACCUGCUUAAAAAUGAAUAGGCUCCCUUUGUGCCACCACAACAGUUUUGACCAUUCUCAACCAUGGACACCACAAGACCUCUAAUGUUGGCAGCAGAUCCUUUAUGUCCUGUAAAGUGAGACAUGGGGUCUCCAUGGAUUCCUUAGUGAGCCAUGGGAGGGUUUGUCCUUUCUUAGAUCACUGCAUACUGGGGGAAAAAAAAAACCCUUAAGAUUGACCUAAUUUCUUAUGAUGAGAUAUUCUGACCUAGUCAUCUAGCCACCACACUGAUUCUUGUACACAUUCUUAUAUUCUCUGUUCUCCAUCCCCUUACACUGUUAUCUUGCUGCCUAAUAUGUACAGUAGAUCCUACCCCUUGGCUAAUGCCAAUGUAGAGGAAGAUACUCAAUGUUUCAUGUUACCUGUCAGUGGUGUUAAUGCUAUGGCUGAGUAUGCACAUGCAUAAUAACACCCAUAAAUAGAUUUUUAAAUAAUUAAAAGGUUCAGUUGGCUUCAAACUAUAAACUAUAUAAGAACUGUAGCUUUCUCUUAACCCACAGCAGUUCUUUAUGUUCAUGUUUAAGCUGUCACUGUAACAAGGUACAUCCUAUGUGCAUCCUAUGACUGAAGUGCAAGUGAGGUCGAGUGAAUUGUAUGCUUUGCUUGUUGUUUUUUGUUUGUUUUAUCAUUUGAAAAUGGCAACUGUUCUACACUGUUAAAAUUGUACGAUGAAUGGACUUAAUGGACUAAUAGAAAUUGUCCAUUAAGGAUUUGUUUAAACAGCUACAAUACAUAUUUACAUUUUUCUUGAUCUAUUAUGAAGUUCUGUUUUGGUAAUUUGUGAUUAAUUAUCAAUACAUGACCCUGAAACUAGAGGUCACAGAGUUCUAACAUAGUGCUGAUAUUAUGACUUACUGUGCCAGCAUCAGCAGCCGGAGUCAGAGAGAGCACAAUUGGCCAUGCUCUCUCUGAGUGGGUAGAUGGCACGAUUUCCCCUUAUCACUUCUAGUGUGAUGUUGGUCAGCACAGACCCCUGUAAGCUGAUGUAUCAGAGCUGGGGAUCCGGAUCAUUCUGGCUGCCUAAUAAUGCGGCUGUUUAAAAAGGGAUGGAGUCUGAUUGAUUCACAUUGAUCGGAAGAGGCAUGUGCUUGUCCUGGCCUUCUUAGUUUGCAAGCGAGUGGGUGGUUUAAUUGACUUAGUUAAAUUAGGGAUAAAACUGAUAUAAAACUUAUGUAAACUGUGCAGAAGUUUUUAGAAAUUGGGAAAAAAGUCAAUGUAUUUGUUACUGGGCUUUCAAAUGUACAGGGUAAAAACACAAAAAACACAUGACUGUAUUGUAUUUAACUAUUAAUUAACUAUUAAUAUGAAUCCGCAGACUGGUCAGAUUUUGCCUCACUGUUCAUAUUCUAAUGCAUGUCUGUGUGUAUGUUUGUAUGUAUGUAUGUAUGUAUGUAUGUAUGUAUGUAUGUAUGUAUGAAGUGAUAAGUGUGUAUAAAUGUGCAAUUAAUGCUGUAGAAGACUUUAUAUACAGGGCUUUACCAGCCGAGGGACGCUCCUUUUUAUUAACAAAUUCGUAUAUCUCAUAAUGCCUUUUGCACUUUUAUGCCCUAAAGUGAAAUCUCCAUGCCCCUUCCCCUCACACACACUUUAUUAUAAGAACUGGAUCAGAUCUUCAGGCUCAUCUUGUGCAUGUGGCUCCUAUCCCUUAUGAGCUUUACCAGGCACAGUGACUGUGCCGGCUCAGACUCGUCUUUUGUAGCUGUACAAAAUGUACGAAUGUCGACCCCCAACCCUCGCCGUGCUGCCUGAUGUUACGCGCCUUACUUCUUUUCAGCAGCCGCUGUCUGGUACUGGUAGCCUUUGUAUGUAACUGCUCUUACGAAACUAAAACCCUGGCAUUUUGUGCCGUGUAUAUCAAUAUGUACUGUGCGUGGGGUCUCCAAGGGUGUGUUCAGGUGGGACAAAUGUGGUUUACUCCUUUCCCUGAUGGAACAAGUGGGAAUUACUGGCUGAAAUGGCCGGUGAGAUUUGAUGGGGAUAUGAGAUAUAAGGGGGAGUCAGAUUGGCUCAGACUGUCUGUAACAAAGCCUUGGAAAUAGAUAGAGGCCAGGAGAUGCAAUAUCCAAAUAUUUCUACUGCAAGACAUAUCUUUUAUGGACAGUAAGGCUGAAAAAAUGACACGAGUCUUCGAGUCUUAGUUUAUGCUGAAAUGUAAUAAUCAAUGCAAAAAUGUGUACUGCACAGAGAGUCUGAGUGUUGUCCCUGAUAGAUUGCCUGAAACGUGUAUGAAUGUAGAGUAAGUAUAUUUAUGUUUGUAUGGAAAUAAUGUUCAAUAAAGAGAUUAUUUCAGUUAAA